AUGGCGCGUCCUCGCGUCCAUCUCACUCGCGUCGCGCCCGCGUCACCGCGCGCGUCGCGUCGCGCCGAGCGUCACCCGUCUCGCGCGCGACGAAUCGCGUCCGCGUCCGCGUCCGCGUCCGCGUCCUCGUCCCCGUCGCUGCUCUUUGCCACCUCCGCCGCGCUGGAGCACGUGCAGUUGGGGCACCCGGAGAGCAACGCUCGCGUGCCCGCCAUCUUAGACGCCCUCGAGGCGGGCGCUCUGACCCCCGCCGCGAGACCGGGUGAGGUGUUGGAGAUCACAGACGUCGUGCCGGCGACGAAAAAGGCGCUCGAGCGUGUGCACGCGAAGAAUUACUGCAACGGGCUCGAGUUGUUGUGCGCCACGCGAGCGCCGACGAAUUUAGACACCGCACCGACGUACUGCACGCCGUCGAGCUUUCAAGACGUGAUGCUAGGCGUCGGUGCGGCGACGCGAUUGGUGGAUGAGGUGAUCGAUCGCGCGAAGGAGACGAAAGAAAAGGCGCCGAGCGCGUUUGGUUUGAUACGCCCACCGGGACACCACGCGGUGCCGCGAGGGGCGAUGGGAUUUUGUUUGGUCGGCACCGCGGCGGCGGCGGCGAGACACGCGCAGCUUAGAGGGCAUAAAAAAGUGCUCAUUUUCGAUUACGACGUGCACCACGGUAACGGUACGAAUGAUAUUUUCCGAGACGACGAUUCCGUGCUGUUCAUCUCCACGCACGAGGACGGGAGCUAUCCGGGGACGGGGAAGAUUACGGAUAUGGGCGAAGGCGAUGGUCUGGGUGCGACUAUUAAUAUACCUUUGCCUCCGGGAAGCGGUGAUAAGGCGGUGUUGAGCGCUUUGGAAGAAAUCGUCGUUCCGGCGGCGGCGCGGUUCCAACCCGACUUCAUCAUCGUCAGUGCCGGCUACGACGCGCACUGGCGAGAUCCUCUCGCUGGGUUGACGUUUCGCACGGGAACGUACCAUCGUCUUUGCACAAAGUUGAAAGAACUGGCGAAUGAGAUGUGCGGCGGGAAAAUCGUGUUCUUAUUAGAGGGCGGGUAUGAUUUGGUGGGUUUGAGCGAAGGCGUCGCGGAUUCUUUCCGCGCGCUCUUGGGCGACGCCUCAACGGACGUCGGCGAGAUUCCCGGGCUGAGAGACGAGCCCGAUGAUAAAGUGCGAAAUGUUCUCACCGAAGUCAAGGCGAUGCAUCAAGUUUAG